AUGAAUCCCUCAUUGGCUUAUGAAGAAUCAGAUAUUAUGAGGAGCUUUAUUUCUGCUGAUGACGAGAUCAAAACAACGGAAAUUACCUUGCCGAAUUACCAAAGCUCAAUGUAUACUAGCAGAUUAAUAAAUACUAAAGAGAUUAAAGUAGCGUAUGAAUCAGCUAAAUUUAGAGUAGUUGGUUUUAAAUUUUUAUACGAUGUGCUUAGCUAUGGGGAGGCAUGA